AUGUCGAUUCCCACAUACAAGCUGCUCCGCCGCGCCUGCCAUCACUUGUCAAUCUCCCCCGGUCGCAGGUUCGCAACGACUCUAGCAAACACGCAUUGCCAGGAGUUCACCCUCCCCGAUGGCCGGAUUCUAGGGUUCGCCGGAUACGGCGAUCCUCGAGGCCAACCUCUCCUUUACUUCCACGGUUUCCCUUCCUCGCGCCUCGAGGCGUCAGUCAUGGACGACAUGGCUCGCCAACGCAAGAUCCGCCUUCUGGCUCUUGACAGACCGGGCUUCGGCCGCUCGUCCACCCAACCAGGACAACGAAUUCUCGACUGGCCGGCCGAUGUCGCCGCUUUCGCAACGGGCCAGAACAUUGAGCGCUUCGCCGUCAUGGGCGCCUCUGGCGGUGGCCCCUACGCACUCGCUUGCGCCCGGGCGCUGCCCCGCGAAAUGCUCACGGGCGUGGGACUCUUCGCCAGCGGUCCACCUUGGUGGGCAGGGCGGCAGCACAUGUCUCUGACCCGGAGGGUGACAAGCCGAAUGGCGAACCAGUGGCCGUGGGGCUUGACGAUCUUGCUGCAGGGGCUCGUCGACACGGCGAGAUGGCUGCUGGGCACCGCAGUUAUCCGGAAGCGACUCGAUGCAUGGCUUCAGGGCGAACGAAAUAAGACUAAACCCGAACCCACUUCGGAAACAUCAGAGCCGCAGCGGCCCAUCUCGGAAGCGAGAGACAAUCUGCUGCGAAUGCUGAUUGACGAGCCGUUCAGACAGGGGUGCGAAGCGACGGUCCAUGAGGCGAAGCUCCUGUCGGCCAAUAGUUGGGGCUUCGACUUUGAAGAUGUCGAGCUACCACGCUGUAGGUUCACGGAACUGAGCGAUGACACCCACUACACAAUGUUUCAACAUAUGGCUGGGGCACUGGACGAUCUUAUCCCGAAAGAGGCCACACGCUCCACAAGCAAGACAUGAUUAUUAUUAAGAUAUCAACCAGCAAAGGCAGUUUGGUUGGCAGAUGGUUGUCGACGUUCACAUGCAUGCACUUCGCCACCUCUGUUCCCCCGACCUAAUCAAUGUUGUCUUGGACCAAUAACUAUGAAAACUCUCUUUUCAAAC